AUGAUCCGAAGGCGCCAAGCUGUCAUCCCACGUAUCGCGACGGCAUCCGUCACGGAACAAGUACAAGUGCUGCGGGGCAAUCGAAAAUUUUGCCUGCACCACGAAAGCGCGAUGUGGGCCGCCAGCAGCGCUUUUUUUCCUACACACGGCAACGCAUGCUUUGCGCCGUCUUGGAACGGCCCGUUAACCACUAAGUACGAGCGGCCAUCGACCCAUCGUCUGGCGAGCUUCGCAGAUCCUGCGCCAGCAUGGAUUGGCUGA